UUGUCCAGCUUCACCUUUGGGCCCUGGCCCUGGCCACUAUUCAUUCACAAGUAUAUCCUGUUUCUGAUACUACUAAGUACUAACUUCACUGGCCACUGUUACAGUAUAUUGUAAACAAACAAACAUAACCUACACGAUUUGUAAUUAGGUGUUGUGAAGUGUUCAUUAAUUAAUUAAUGAUAUCAUCUUUUGUUUUUCCUCAAAGUUCCUCAUUGUAUUUCUUUUCUUUAUCCCCUGGUUCUCGUACAUUAUGUUUACAAAAAAGGGUUUAAUCGACAUUGCUGCCAACUUGACCGACCCCAUGUACAAGGGCAUCUACAAUGGGACCAAGAAACAUGAGCCUGACCUGAGCAAUGUGCUUUCCAGAGCCUGGAAACAAGGACUAGAGAAAAUCAUUAUCACUGGGACGAGUCUGGAGGAAAGUAAAGAGGCAGUGGAAAUUGCAAAAACUGACGACAGACUGUUCUGCACGGUUGGCUGUCAUCCGACACGCUGUGAUGAGUUUAACAAGUCAGGUCAUGACAAGUACCUGCAGGCUCUCUCUGACCUCUGUGAGGCCCACAAGGACAAGGUGGUCGCUGUAGGAGAGUGUGGUCUAGACUACGACCGUAUACAGUUCUGUGCCCGUGAGACGCAGCUCAAAUAUUUUGAGCACCAGCUGGAGUUGGCCAAGAGUUGGAAACUGCCGCUGUUUCUGCACUGUCGCAAUGCAGCAGAGGACGUGGCCAAGGUGCUGCAGAGACACCAGGACAGCUUGCACGGUGGAGUAAUCCACUCCUUCGAUGGUACAGUCGACCAUGCCCAGAUGUUCAUCAGUCUGGGUUACUACAUCGGUAUCAAUGGCUGUUCGCUGAAGACAGCUGAGAACCUGGAAGUGGUGAAGAGACUCCCGGCCAACAGACUGCUGCUGGAGACCGACGCCCCCUGGUGUGACAUCCGCCCCUCUCACUCCGGUGCUCGGUACGUCACCACCACACUACCUUCUGUCAAGAAAGAGAAGUGGUCUCCAGACUGCCUCGUGAAGAGUCGCAACGAGCCUGCCAACAUUAUUCAAGUUCUGGAGGUUGUGGCGGCUGUCAGAAAUGAAAAUCCGGAGACUCUAUCAGCAAUUGUUCUAUCAAAUACACUUGAUCUGUUUUUCCCUAACAUUAAAAAAUAAAAAUGAACAUUUUUAA